UGGCUGUCUUUUGAAUCCCAAGGGAUGACAGAUCUAUUCGCUAUUUUCUUGUUCGCUCGUUCUUCUGCACAAUCAAACCAUUCGGUUUCUCCUCGAAGAGGCGAUCGGUGAAAUUGUUACAAGAUAUAAAGUUUGUUUUCUUUGGACAUGGAAACUGAGGACGUAAUUGGCCUCCCAGCUUCAGCUGAUUCUGAUGCCGAAGGGCAGAAAAACGAUCAUCUCAAAUCCGGUAAUGGGUCGCCUGAAGCAAAUUCUUUAGAUGUUAAUGAAGAGACGGUAGAGAGGCAUUUAGACAUGGAGGAAGACAUGGAUCUAACAGAAGACGAUUUUAGAGCUGGCUCAACUGAGUAUGGCCAGGUUAGUGAUACUGUCGGUGAUUCAGCUGCUGUCCAUGCGAGUGUUGAAACUGUAGCAGUUGUAGAUAAGAUGUUGGAUAUCCAGAACGGGAGGCUGAUUGAGCAUACCACAUUGGAUGUUAGUUUGAAAUCUGGUGUUAAAAGACGCCGCACUGUCUCUGGCGAAGAGCAACCCACGGUCCAUGUUACUUAUAACCACUUAACAAGGGCUAGUAAACAGAAACUGGAAAGUCUGUUACAACAAUGGUCAGAAUGGGAGGCAGAACAUAGUUCCUCAUCUCAGGUUGAAGAACAAGUAUUGGAAUCUGGUGAAGCGACAUACUUUCCUGCUUUACGUGUUGGACUUGAGAAGACCUCGUCGGUGUCCUUCUGGAUUGAUGACGAAACUGGUCUUAAGCCAUUUAAAGGGUUUGUUCCCAUGGAAAGUAGCACUGCCCCUCUUUAUGACCGUGGAUUUGCUAUAGGUUUGACUUCAGUGGAUGGCUCAAAUAACUUAGAAGGAGGUCCGGUGAUAGUGGGUGAUCCUCCACGUUGCUUCAAUUGUGGAUCCUAUAGUCAUUCCUUGAGAGAAUGCCCGAAGCCUUUUGACCGAUUAGCCGUUAGUAAUGCCAGAAAGGAGCAUAAAGCCAAAAAGAAUCUGUCUUCUGGAUCUCGUAUACCAUCCCGAUACUAUCAGAGUUCUCAAAGUGGAAAGUAUGGUGGCUUAAAGCCAGGCAGUCUUGAUGCUGAGACACGGCAGCUUCUUGGUCUCGCGGAACUUGACCCUCCUCCAUGGCUUAACCGCAUGAGAGAGCUCGGGUACCCACCAGGAUACUUAGCGUACGAUGUUGAUCAUCCAUCGGGAAUCACUAUAUUCGGAGAGGAAGAAACGCGUGUAGAAGAGACCGAGGAUGGGGAAAUCUUCGAAAAAACAAGCCCUCGAGACCCACCCAAGAAAAAAACUGUUGAGUUUCCAGGGAUCAACGCUCCAAUCCCAGAAAAAGCCGAUGAGCGGCUCUGGGCACCCGCUUCAGACCUGGACUCACGUAGAAGCAACACAAGGUCGCAACAUAGAACAAGCAGAGGACUUGCCCAUCAUGACCACCGGCCAGCCCCACCUCGGGAUUACAGGGAAGAUGGUCAUCCUUCUAGGGUUGAACCAUCAAGUUACCCUCCAAGGUAUGGCAAUAGAUAUGAUUACGAUUAUUUCGGUUCUAGAGAUUACAUCCCCAGACCAAGAAGCCCGGGCUCUGAAAGAUCAGACUACAUCUCCAGACCGAAAAGCCCGGGUUUCGAUAGAUCGGAUUACAUCUCUAGGCCGAGAAGCCCAGGCUUCGAAAGAUCGGAUUACAUCUCUAGGCCGAGAAGCCCGGGAUUUGAGUGGUCUCUAGGGGAAAGAGGGAAUAGGUAUUAUUCGUCAUACGAUUCUGAUUUGUGGGAUCGGGACGAUAGAGAUAGGUAUGGAUUUAGCGGCAGAAGAUGAGAAUGAGAAUUGUAGAUGCUCAUCAUGUGAGAAGUUGGUGGUUUAGGGUUGUGGUUCAGUUUCUUUCUUGUUGUAACAUGAAGUUUUUUGUUCCUUCAGCUUUUGCACUUUUCCAGCAGUACAAGGUUGGGUUAGGAGAAUGUUGAGUUUUCGGUUUUAAAUUUAAUUUUUAAGUUAUAAUAUGA